CCGCCGCCCUGCCCGCCGCCCUCCGGGGCCCCAGACUUCCAGCUGAGCCCUGCUGGCAGCUGCAGCCCUGGGCCGAGGGGCCGUGGGGCGGGGCGGCUGUGUUCCCGUGCACCUGCACACGCCGGGAGGAGCACGCGUGGCUCUGGGCCGCACACACAGGGCCCGGCUGCAAGUCUGCUGGCCGCGCGAGCUCCUGCUGAGCCGUGAACCAGCUGGUUCACCUUGGCACAGGGACAAGGUGGGAGUCUGACCGCGGCAGUCCCUCCCCACGCCCCACGCCCCAUCUCGGGCCGCUCGGGACUCCCGCCCUACUCGGAUCUCCCCAGGCCCACCCCGUGCAUGCGCAGGUACAAGCCCCAGGCACCUCACCUGGCCUAGUCACACCUCACCGCCAGGCUCUGCCCUGAGCUAGCACAGGACAGUCCUACAGCUGGCUGGGAUCGCUGGCCUAGAGAAUCCACGCUAGCCCAGCCCAGCCCAGGGCUUAGGGCUCCAAGCGCCAGCCCCUCCCACAGAAGCCGCCAGAGUUUGGGACUGCUGCUCACCAGCGUUCAAGCUCCAGGCAGCGGCGGCAGACCCAGGCCAGUAACCAGCACUCAGGGAUGGUGCUCCCACUGGUGCAGAGUCCCUGCCGCAGGUCCCGCCCACAUGUCGGGCUGCUCGUGGAUGGCAGACAUAGGUCCUGCCUCUUCCAGCCUGCAUGAUCUGGAUCUGGGCAGCAGGGGCAGACAGCCUCUCAAUCCACUCGGCCCCGGAGCCAACUCUGACUUCACAGCCCCCGUGCCCGGCGUGGAUACUGGCCAGGACUCUGGGUGCCAGGCACGCCUGGCUCCCCAUACCCGAGGAGGCUGCUGGAUGCCUGCAUAGCUGGACUCAGGGGCCACACUGAGCCGCAGGAACAGCCCAGGUCCCUGCUACUGCACAGAAGGCACUGGAGACUGUGCAACAACUCCACGUGGGACUAAGGAUAAAGCAGUCUACCAUAGCCAUACCCGGGGCUCCUCUGCUGUAACCACGGAGUCUACCACAGCCAUACCCGGGCUCCUCUCCUGUAACCACGGAGUCUACCACAGCCAUACCCGGGCUCCUCUCCUGUAACCAUGGAGUCUACCACAGCCAUACCCGGGGCUCCUCUGCUGUAACCACGGAGUCUACCACAGCCAUACCCGGGCUCCUCUGCUGUAACCACGGAGUCUACCACAGCCAUACCCGGGCUCCUCUCCUGUAACCACGGAGUCUACCACAGCCAUACCCGGGCUCCUCUCCUGUAACCACGGAGUCUACCACAGCCAUACCCGGGGCUCCUCUGCUGUAACCACGGAGUCUACCACAGCCAUACCCGGGCUCCUCUGCUGUAACCACGGAGUCUACCACAGCCAUACCCGGGCUCCUCUCCUGUAACCACGGAGUCUACCACAGCCAUACCCGGGGCUCCUCUGCUGUAACCACGGAGUCUACCACAGCCAUACCCGGGCUCCUCUGCUGUAACCACGGAGUCUACCACAGCCAUACCCGGGCUCCUCUCCUGUAACCACGGAGUCUACCACAGCCAUACCCGGGCUCCUCUCCUGUAACCACAGAGUCUACCACAGCCAUACCCGGGCUCCUCUCCUGUAACCACGGAGUCUACCACAGCCAUACCCGGGCUCCUCUCCUGUAACCACGGAGUCUACCACAGCCAUACCCGGGCUCCUCUCCUGUAACCACGGAGUCUACCACAGCCAUACCCGGGGCUCCUCUCCUGUAACCACGGAGUCUACCACAGCCAUACCCAGGGCUCCUCUCCUGUAACCAUGGAGUCUACCACAGCCAUACCCGGGCUCCUCUCCUGUAACCAUGGAGUCUACCACAGCCAUACCCGGGCUCCUCUCCUGUAACCACGGAGUCUACCACAGCUAUACCCGGGCUCCUCUCCUGUAACCAUGGAGUCUACCACAGCCAUACCCAGGGCUCCUCUCCUGUAACCACGGAGUCUACCACAGCCAUACCCGGGCUCCUCUGCUGUAACCACGGAGUCUACCACAGCCAUACCCGGGCUCCUCUGCUGUAACCACGGAGUCUACCACAGCCAUACCCGGGCUCCUCUGCUGUAACCACGGAGGCCAGAGACAAGGUGCCCCCAGACAUACAAAAGUCAGCACAGAAGCACAACAAAUACAAGCAAGGGAGUUAGUGACUCCUUCAAAGGAACAAACAGUGUGUUGCGAUUGGACUGUGAAGAAAGGGAGAUGGGUGAAAUCGGACAAGAAAUCCCAAGGAAUGAUUGCCAGGUUAUGGGAAAAUACAAGGAAGCAAUUAAAUGAAAUUAGGGCAUCUGUACAUGACAUGGAUGAGAAACUCAGUGAACAGAGACAGUAAAAGAGAACCAAGCAGAAAUAUUAGACAUGAAAUCAAUCAAAAGUUAAGAAAUAAACAAACUAGAGAUUUUAAAACUAUACAAAAGUGAAAUAAAGAGCUGAUUUUUUUAUUUUUAAAGAUUUUAUAUAUUUUAUUUGAGUGGUAGAGUUACAGAGAGAGGCAGAGAGAGAGAGAAAGAAGUCUUCCAUCAACUGGUUCACUCCCCAAAUGGCCACAAUGGCUGGAGCUGGGCCAGGCAGAAACCAGGAGUCAGGAGCUUCCUCCAGGUCUCUCACACAGGUGCAGGGGCCCAAGUACUUGUACCAUCUUCUAUGGCUUUCCCAGGCUCAUUAACAGAGAGCUGGAUCGGGUGAGUCCCCAGAAGCACAGGCACUCAAAGCAAAAAUGGACAGAUGGGAUUACAUCAAGCCAUGAAGCUUCUGCACUUCAAAGAAAGCAAUUAACAAGGUGGAGUGGCACCUGAUGGAAAGGGAGGAAGUUCUCAUGUGAAUUUUGGCUGACUGCCUAUCACAUUUGUGGGCACAGUGUUUUUUUUUUUUUAUUAUAAUCUAUCCUGAUAAAGGAUAAGUACCCAGAAGGUAUAAGGAGCUUAAGAAACUCCACAACAACAAAACAAACGCUCCAGUUAAGAAAUGAGCAAGGAUGCAAACAGGCAUUUUUCAAAGGAUGAAAUACAAAUGGACAACAGACACAUGGAAGGAUGCUUAGGAUCAUUAGCUAUCUGGGAAAUGCAAAUAAAAAGCAGAAUGGCUGUUAUCCAAAAAAAUAAAAAAGAAAAAACCCAAACCAAAUGCUGGUGAAAUUGUGGAAUAAGGGCACCCUAAUGCACUGCUGGUGGGAAUGCAUACUGGUACAACCAUUAUGGAAAACACUGUGGGGAUUCUUCAGAAAACUAAAAAGAGAUCUACUGUGUGCUGGGAAUAUAUCCAAAAGAAGUGAAAUCAGCAUAUGAAAGAGUCACCUGCCCUCCCAUGUUUAGAGCAGCUCAAUCACAAUAGCAAAGACAGAAUCAAUACAGAUCUCCAUCAGCUGAUGAUUGGACAAGGAAAAUGUGGUAAACAUAUCUACACGGUGGAAUAUCACUCAACCACUACAAAAGUGAAAUAUAGACGUCUGGAACAAAGGGAAGGACCUGGAGAUCAUUAUGCUGAGUAAGAUAUGCCAGGCUCGGAAGACAGAUGUCACAUGUUUUCCCUUAUUUGUGGAAGGUACUAUAGAGUAUAAAAUCAUGUGCUUAUCAUGUCAUUUGGUACAUGGUGAUAAAUGCUGCUUUACUGCAUCGUAACAUAUAAAUAUUGUUGUACCUUUCUUUCCCUGCAUUAUAAUGAUUGUUUGUUGGGAGCAUCUGGGAGCAACUCGGACUAGACUAAGUUACUGGAAUUAAGACUUAUUCUAGGCAUCUGCUCUCCCACAAUAUGGCGCUGAGAAGGGAGAAACAGCUUCUACACAGCUGCCUCCAGUUCAACCAAUAAACUGUAGGACCUGCUCCUGAUUGGAGGAGAGCAGCGUACUCGGCGUGUGGGUAGCAGAGUUGGGAUUGGUGGAAGAGGACUAUAAAGGAGGAGAGAGACAACAUGCACCAGGAACAUCUAAGGGGAACAUCUAUCUGAAGGAACACCUGAGCAGCCCCCGAGAGAGCCGGCCGGUGGUGUGCCGCUCCCCCGCGGAAGUGGGGAAGGUGGCAGGGGGAACCGCCCUUCCACGGAGGUGGAAGGGUCGGUAGCCAACCCGGGAAGAACCAGCAGCAAACCCGGGGAGGGCUGAGCAGACAAAAGAACAGCGCAGGGUCUUGUGUCGUUCCUCCGUGAAGAGGGGGAGCGACAUAAUGGUGCCGUGACUCGGAUAUGAAGCCUAGGCAGGGUUUAGUGUCGUUCCUCCAUGAAGAGGGGGAGCGACAAUUGUUACUAACCCCUCACUUUGUGACAUUAAUAUCUGUUUUCAAGAAAAAUAAUAUGUAUGAAAAAAAGAAUUGGAAAUACUCUUUGACACAGCUUACAGAGUCAGCUGGCACUGGACAGCUUGAUUUGAAUUUCUGGGGAUAAGGUCCUGUGUGAUGUUUGGGCAGCACAGUAAGUGCCCACACCACCGGGUGCUGUAUCCCUAGAUGUUCUCCCUGCCGUUGGGGUGAGGGGUUGACAGCCUGCUGCAUGGGCAGCUUUCCUGAGACUCUCUUGCCCUCCUUGGUUCUCCCUGUGUGUACCUGCACCUCUCACCUGAUGCGCGUGGUGAACAUUUCACAGUCCAGAACUAUAGCAGGUAACUUGAUGGAGCAUGGCCUAAGAAAUUUAGUGGGGCUGGCGCUGUGGUGUACUUGGUAAAGCUGCUGCCCGCAGUGCUGGCAUCCCAUAUGGGUGCCAGUUCAAGUCCUACUUGCACCACUUCCAGUCCAGCUCUCAGCUCUCUGCUAUGGCCUGGGAAACCAGUGGAAGAUGGCCUAAGUCCUUGGGCCUCAGCACCCAUGUGGGAGACCCGGAAGAAGCUCCUGGCUUUGGAUUGGCCCAGCUCCAACUGGUGUGGCGUUUUAAGGAGUGAACCAGUGGAUGGAAGACCUCUUUCUCUGUGUACCUCUCCUCUCUUUGUGUAACUCUGACUUUCAAAUAAAUAAAUAAAUAAAUUUUUUUUUUAAAAAAGGAAAUUUGGUGGGAGAAUUUAGCAACAUUCCUAACAUAACUUUGUGUUCAAAUUUUACUAAGUUCCUUUUUUUUGGAAAAAAAAAAGAAUAGAGUUAGCACUCUUUCUCUUAAUUCAAGCUCUUGAUGGGAUACUAAAUGAUGAAAUUGCUCUAGAUUAUUUAUGGAACAAACCACAUCUGUGCUGGUGCUAAUAUUAUAUUGUUAGUGUUAUCCCUGGACACUCCCCAGGGGGCAGUUGUCAAUGGUGUGAAAGAAGAGAACAGGGCAAUGACUGCAGCAGGUCUUAGCCAUCCAUGUGGACGCAUCUUCAUAUCCCAGCGACACUGGAUUAUAACAAAGGAACACAGCAAAGAAGGCCUGCCACGAAUGUGGGUGAAAUGGUCCAGUCAGCCAAAGCUCACAGGAGAAGAAAUACUCUAUCUGAGCAGGCCGAUAUCUAUUAAAGAAACUGAAUCAAAAAUUAAUAACAUGAACAGAAAGCAGCAGGUCCACAUGAGGCAAGCUGUGAAUUCUACUGAGUGUCUAUAGCAGAGAUGAUAUGAAUUCUCCACAAUGUCUUCCAGAAGAUGGAAGUGGAGAAAAUACUUCUUAGCCAAUCCAGUGAGGCCAGUAUACCCCCAUGCCAAAACAAGAGAAAGAAGGUACAAGGAGGGGCUGGUGCUGUGCCAUAGCAGGUAAAGCCACUGGCUGCAGUGCUGGCAUCCCAUGUGGGUUAUGGUUCGAGUCUCUGCUGCUCCACUUCUGAUCCAGCUCUCUGCUAUGGCCUGGGAAAGCAGUAGAAGAAGGCCCAAUUCCAUGGGCUCCUGGAUCCACAUGGGAGACCCAGAAAAAGCUCCUGGCUCCUGAUUUCAGAUCAGCCCAGUUCCAGCUGUUAUGACCAUUUGGGGAGUGAACCAGUGGAUGGAAGAUCCAUCGAUCUCUGUCCCCCUCCCUUUGUAACUCUUUCAAAUAAAUAAAUAAAUAAAUAAAUAAAUAAAUAAAUAAAUCUUAGAAGGUACAGGAAAAGAAAACUGCAGACCAGUUUCUCUCACAAAGAUGCAGAAACUCUCAACAAGAUGCUGACAAAUUGACCCCAACAGAAUGAUACGUCAUGACCCAGUAGGAUUCAUCCAGGAUGUGAGAAUUUGGUUCACUACUUGAAAAUCAAUUCAUAUAGCCCACAAAAGCUGUAAAACAAAAGUAAAAAUCACAUGAUCAUGUCAUUAGAUGCAAAGAGGUAUUUGAUAAAAUCCAGUACUCAUGAAUGAUAAUAAUCCUCAGAAAACUAAAAAUUCAGGAAUUAACUUGAUGAAGAACAUCUAUAAAACCCUAGGGCUGACACUCACUUAAUAGUGAGGAACUGGAUGCUUUCCAGUUAAGAACAGAGCAGAAGGAGGCCUCAUCCGACCCCUGUUUUCAACAUUGUUCUGUAAAUCCUAGCUAAUGCAAUAAGAAAAAAAAUGAAAUGAAACAAAACAUAAUUUUGUAGGCAAGAAAUACAAAUUUCCUAAAGGUGAUGGGAUUGUUUGUGUAGAAGAUCUGAAAGAAACCACAAAUCUACCAAAAGUAAGAAGUAACUAUAGAAAGGUCAUAAGAUAGAAGGUUAAUAUCAGAAAGUCAACUUUUAUUCUACAUAUUAGCAAUGAACAAGUGGAACCUGAAAUUAGAACCACAACACCAUAUACUCUAUAUCCACAAAAUGAAAUGCUUAAGUAUACAUCUAACAAAAUACAUUUAGGAUAUAUAUGAGGAAGACUACAAAACUCUCAUGAAAGAAUCAAGGAAGAUCUAAGUCAUGGAAAGAUAUUCCCUGCUCAUCGAGGAGAAGACCCAUUAUUGCCCAAGGUUUCAGUUCAUCUCAACUUGACCUAUAGAUUUGAAGGAAAUUAUUUUCUGAAUAUCACCAACCUGAUUCUAAGGAAAAAAACCCAAGAGGAAUUAAGCCAGUAUCCAAAAAGAACAGAGGAAGACAACUGAAACCUUCCAGCUUUCUACAAAGCCGUAGUAACCAGGACAGUGUGAAUAGACUAAGAGAUCAAAGGGACAGAACAGAGCUCGCAAAAGACUCACAGGUACAAUCAGCUGCUUUUGAAAAGGUAGCAGAGGCAAUAUAAGGGAGAAAAGAAUCUUCAAGAAAUGCUGCCAAAACAACAAGACAUCCUCAUGCAAAACAAAAACAAAACAAAAAAGAAAAAACAACACAAAAAUCAAACACAUCCAUCACAAAACAUAAGGAAAUCUAUAUUAUAGACCUAAAGAUACAUUGUAAAACUACAAAACUCUUAGAAGAUAAAUAAGGGAGAAUGUACAUGAUUUUGGGUUUGGUGAUGACUUUUUAGGUUCAACAACAAAGACUUGGAAUGUGAAAGAUACAGGAUAUGCUGCCUUUAUGAAUAUUGAAAAUCUUUCACUCUGUCAAAGACUUUGUCAAGAGAAACAGAAGGUAAGUCAUCAACCAAGAGAAAAUAUUUACAAAAGUUGUAUCUGAUGGACUGUUACACACCAAAAUAUAUAAAGAACCCCCAUUAACUUAGCAAGAGCAAAGUGAACAUCCACCAUACAAGCACAUGGAAUGAGGUUCAACACCAUGUAUCACGAGUUCACUAUGAAUUAGCAGGACAGCAAGCUGCAGUUACACACCCAUGAGAAAGGAAAAAAGACAAAACGCUGGCUACACCCAGUGCUGGUACAGACCUGGAGUGACAGAAACACUCGUCCACUGCUGGUGGGAAUGCGAAGGGCUACACCACUUAGGAAGACAAAAGUAACCACUGUCUUAUAAAUCCAACAGUCAUGCUACUGGUCUUGAUGCAAAUUAAUGGAACACUAAUAUUCACAAAACCACCUGUUAGCAUCUUCAUUAAGAGUUUCCCAAACUUGGAAGAAACCAAAGACUCUUCAGUAGGUGGAUGGAUGAAUAAACUGUAAUAUAUCCAGAGAAUAGAAUCUUACUCUGUCCUAAAAGCAAUGAUACCUCCACCCAUGAAGAUCUAGAGGACACUUAAAUUCAGGUGAGGAAGGGAAAGAAGCCAGUCUACAAAGUCUACAGACUGCAUGAUUUCAAUUCUAGAACAUUCUGGAGAAGGUGAAAGUGUGUGAGAACUGGCUCCAGGUCUGUGUGAGGAAUUAAUCAGGACCCAGGGGAGAUUUUAGCAGUGGAAUGGUUCUCUGUGGUCCUACAGUGAUGGACACUGGCCAUGCAGCAUUUGUCAAACCACAGAAGGGACGACGUCAAGAGGAAACCCUAGGUAAACCAAGGACAUUGGUGAUGAUUACAUGUCAAUCUAGACUCAUGACUGUCACAGAUGUGCCACUGUCAUGCAGGGUGUCAAUAGUGGAGGGUUGAGUGGGACAUGUGUGGGGCAGGAAUACAGGGAAAUUCUCUACUCUGCUCAGUUUUCAGCAAGCCAAAAAUGUAGAAAUCGUCUAGAAGUCAGCUUGCCCAACAUGGGGGCUUACAGUGCCAGGACUCCUGGCUCCAGAACCUGGACUGGACUUGCACUUGAACCCCUUACAGGCUUGUAUGUUCCAUUAGUUAAUAGCCCCCUGGACACAGACAUCUUGUAUAAUUCCUGCAAUGGCCUUCCCAAGUCCUCGCAUGUACACUGGUCAAGGAGUGCGCUGAAUACUUGCUGAAUGAAUGAAUGGCUACUGAGCAGUGAGUUCUCCCUCUUCCUGUCUCACUUUAGAAACUCCUGUGUCUGGGCCUGGUGUUUUGUUCUUGCUGGGGAUAAAGAAGCAGGUCUUAGCCUUUGAGAAGCUUUGUGAGAGGUUUUAGGAGAGGAAGGCAAAGAGCAGAGUGCAGUGUAACAGACAGUGAUUAGACCAAUGCCCAACACCUUGAAGAUCCAGUCCACAACCAAAGUCACUUCCAGAAGCAGGAAAUGGAGGAGGAAGUCACAGCACAGGUUAUAACAGUAGUGGAGAAGAGGUCAGUGGAAUGCCAUGAAUAUUAAUCCUGUUUUCCCUGUAUUAAUAAACAUUUCCUUCAUUCACAAUUGAAGGAUUUGAGAUUUUUAAAGGGAGAAUGACAAGGACAGUGAUCAUUUCUUAGAUUUAUCUUCAUCAAAGUCUGUGAACUAUAAAUAAAGUCUAUCAAAAGCCUGCAAGGUCCCCUCUCAUCUCAUGAUAAGAUAAGGGCUUCAUCCAUCUUCAUCCUCUCCCCCAUGGGGAGGAACUAGGGGCCCCAACCUCUGCCCUGCAGGUGGUCAGCCCCCUCUCUGGACCCCAUGGCUGACCUUUCCCCCCAUCCCUACAGCAUCUUUGCAGAUAUGGGGUAGGACGCCCAAUCAAUUCUGUCUCCAGCUGAGCUUGGGAACCCACAGCCCUGAUGACUUCAUGAGUUUUCUGCUUGGAUUCAGGGACAGUGUCUCCCAUGACGUGAUCAGUCCCCAAGUGCAGGAUCACAGGUGACAUAAAAGGACUGGGGCGGAACCAGGCUCGGGGAGCCUCAGGAUGACAUUCAGGGCAAGGACAGCUGUGUGGACGGCAGGGCCUUGGCUGUCUCUGCGAGACACCAGGACGCUGAGCACCAGGGCGGCUCUGUCUCCCAAGGCUGCGCUGCCCUUUGAAGCCAUCCCCCAGUGUCCCAGCUCCCAGUGGAUGAGGAUGCUGCAGAUCUGGAGAGAGAAGGGGUAUGAGAACAUCCACCUGGAGAUGCAUCGCACCUUCCAGGAGCUGGGGCCCAUUUUCAGGCAUGACCUGGGGGGACGACAAUUCGUGUCUGUGAUGCUGCCGGAGGACGUGGAGAGGCUGCAGCAGGUGGAGAGCCGGCACCCCCAGCGUGUGCACCCAGAGCCCUGGGCGGCCUACAGACAGCAUCGUGGACAGAAAUGUGGCGUGUUCUUGCUGAAUGGACCUGAAUGGCGAAGCAAUCGUUUGAAGCUGAACCCAGUCAUACUGUCACCAAAGGCCGUGGAGAAGUUCAUCCCCAUGGUGGACGUGGUGGCCAGGGAAUUCUUACAGGUCCUGCAGGAGAAGGUGCAGCAGAACGCACGUGGGAGCCUCACCAUGGACGUCCGGCCCAGAAUCUUGAGCUACACCAUAGAAGCCAGCAACUUUGCACUUUUUGGGGAGCGUCUGGGCCUCCUUGGCCAGAAAAUAACCCCUGUCAGCCUGAACUUCAUGCAUGCCCUGGAGGCCAUGUUCAGAUCCACUGUGGAGCUCAUGUUCCUGCCCAGAAGCCUGUCUCGCUGGACCAGCGCCAAGGCGUGGAAGGAGCACUUUGAGGCCUGGGACCACAUUUCCCAGUAUGCCGAACAGCGCAUUGAGAACAUCUCCCAGGAGCUGGCAGGAGACUGCUCUGGGCACUACGGUGGCAUCGUGGCCGAGCUGCUGAGGCAUGCGGACUUGUCACCUGAGGCCAUCAAGGCCAACUCUCUUGAACUCACAGCAGGCAGCGUGGACACGACUUCUCUCCCCUUGCUGAUGACGCUCUUUGAGCUGGCUCGCAACCCCGACUUGCAGCAGGCCCUGCGCCAGGAGACUCGGGCAGCUGCAGCCAGCAUCUCUGCCCAUCCCCAGAGGGUCAUCUCAGACCUGCCCCUGCUGCGGGCUGCCCUCAAGGAGACCUUGAGGCUCUAUCCUGUGGGUUUGAAUUUGGAGCGGAUAGUCAGCUCAGACCUGGUGCUGCAGAACCACCACAUCCCAGCUGGGACACACGUCCAGGUGUUCCUCUACGCGCUGGGUCGCAAUCCGGCCGUAUUCCCGAGGCCUGAGCGCUAUUUCCCCCAGCGCUGGCUUGACAGGGGCCCACAUCAGAGCUUCCAGCACCUGGCGUUUGGCUUUGGGGUGCGCCAGUGCCUGGGGCGUCGCCUGGCAGAAGUGGAGAUGCUGCUCCUGCUGCACCACGUGCUGAAAUGCUUCCUGCUGGAGACGCUAUCCCCGGAGGAUGUGAACAUGGUGUACUGCUUUGUCAUGAAGCCCACCAACUACCCCCUCCUCACCUUUCGGCCUGUCAACUAGUCAGCCCUCCACCGAGACUCCCUGCCUGCCACCAGAUCCCUGUGCUGGGACCCCGGGCCACCUCUCCUGGACCUUGGUGCCUCUGCCCUUGGGCCCCAUGGCUGUCCAGACAGCACCCUGCAAAAAUCCACUGCCCCCAGGGUCACUGCUUGCCAGCUAGCUAGCAAGGCCAGGGUCAUUGCGGGCCGUCCUGGUGGCUGGUGCUGCCCACGCCCAGCCCCUCCCAGCUCCUUUCCUGCAGUGGCAUCCUCCGACCUUGGCCUCUCCCCUCCUGGCCUGGCUGCUCUAGGGGCCGCCCAAGGACCCUAAGACCCAGCCCUGGCCUUCCUGUGUGUCUCAUUGUCCCCUGCCCCUUCUCCUGCCUUCUCUGCUGAGAUUCAAUGUAGGGUUUGAGGGUCAUGGGAGGGGUCCAGCUCCCCCCUGUACCUGCCGUCCCAGGAAGCUCAACUGCACACUGUGUUUCCGGGAUCGAGCCCUCAGUAUGGGGUCCUUAGUGCUGGUGAGACGUCUCCAUUUUCAGAUGAGAAACCCAAGGCUCUAGGGGGCUUGCUGGGGUCAGCCACACAUCCUAGACCUCAUGUCCUGUGUGUGCCUUCAAGGUCAGCCCUCAGUGCUGUGCCAUGGUCAGGUCCUGAGGUCUCUUGACACCCUGGAUCUCACGUGCUUGUGAUGGGUGGAAUUCGUAUGUGAAGUGUCUCCACACAAAAAGUUGACUCAACUGGGAUGACUGCUUUCCUGGGAGCCCUGCUUGCUCACCCUACUGGUCGUCACGGGAGCACAAGUCAGGGGGAGCUGAGGAGGCACAGGGAGGCGGCAGUGAGCAAAUGCAGGGCCCAUUCUGGAGGUUCUGGCCCAGUGCAGAACAUGGACAGCUGUGCAGGAGGGGACUUUCUCCAGGGAAGGAGCCACAGUGUCCAUGUCCCUCUUGUGGCAUCAGUCCUGGCGUUUGAUCUAGUUUUGAGGUUUCCUUUUCUCAGGCAUAGCAUCAGCAGAUGUGGUCUGUCCAUGGUCUCAGUAGCCCUUUGUGCCACUCCAAAUUGGCUGUCACUCUGGGUAUCCCAGCUGUGUGCCCUGGGCCUACUGGUGCCUGCAGGCCCACCCAGCUCCACUGGCACAAGAGGUCACAUGCACAUCAACUAAACCUGGGAUCAUUGUAAUCACCCAGUGCAGGUUUUACAGCAUCACCCACACUGGACAGAAUACACACAGGUGUCUGCAUCUUCACAGUAUUUGUGAUGUUGUUGCCUGGCAAGUGCAGAGGUGGCUUAGAGUAAUCCCUGCUGCCACCUGUGAGCGUUUGCAGUGUCCUGCCAUGCCACAGUGAAAGUUCACUAAUAAAGCUUUACCAGUUCCUGUGUGUGUGCGUGUCCAUCCAGGCCACUCUGUCCCUACACAAACUUGUGUGCUACACAUGUGGGCGACACUCCUAUGUCCCCUACACAACCUUGUGUUCUACGUGUUUUGGAGCCCAUGCCUUUCUGACACAUAUACAACCUUGUGGUACACUUGUACCACAUGUGAUGCCAGGCCACCCAUGUCUCCCACAUUGUUCCAUGUGUCUGUUGGCCAUUUUAAUUUCAUCUUUUGAAAAGUGCCUGUUCAUGUCAUUUUCCCAUUUCUUAACUGGAUUGUUUUGUUGUUCGUGUGUUUCUUCAGCUCUUUGAUACUGCACAUUAAUCCUUUAUCAUUUUCAUAGUUUGCAAAUAGUUUCUCCCAAAUAUUUUCUCUGUCAUCUGCCACUUCACUUUGUUUAGUGUGUCCUUUGCGUUGCAGAAGUUUCUUAGCUUGAUGUAAUCUCAUUUUUCUGUGUUUGCUUUGAGUGCCUGUGCUUCUGAGGUCUUUUCCAAGACCUUUUUGCUUAUGCCAAUGUCGUCCAGAGUUUCUUUGAUGCUUUCCUCUAGUAAUGUGAUGGUAUUAGGUCAUCGAUUUAGAUCUUUGAUCCAUUUUGAGUUGAUUUUUGUAUAAGGUGUGAGGAAGGGAUCUUGUUUCCUACUUCUGCCUGCCAAUAUCCAGUUUCCCAGUGCCGUUUGUGGAGAGAAUGUAAUUUCUCCAGGGAUUGAUUUUAGCUUCUUGGUCAAAGUGCAUUUGGUUGUAGGUGUAUGACUGAUUUCUUGAGUUUCUGCUCUGUUCCGUUGGCCUACGUGUCUAUAUUUGUGCCAAUACCAGGCUAUUUUUGAUUGUGACUGCCUUGUAAUAUGUUUUGCAAUUUGGUGUUCUGGUGUAUUCAUCUUUAUUUUUAUUGU